GAAACCUCCAGACAAGAAGGAUGUGAUAAUAAAUAUACUCACGCCGACUCAAGCUUUACUUUCUUUUUUCACUUUGCUUACUCUUUUCCCCCCAAGUAACUCCGAACCUGGUCGAUCAGCUCUCCUCACUCGCAUAGCAAACCUCACUGACUCGAAUAUUUCACCAUGACCAACGUCGACGCCGAAAAGAUCGCAAAGUGCGAGAAAUUCAUCACCGAGACACUCCCACCGCACAAUGUCUCCCCGCUUUGGACUGUGAUGGACGCGGUAGUCCCACCGUUUCCAAACCCGAAGGCGGUCCCGCAUCUUUGGAGUUACAAAGAGCUGCGACCAAUCCUCCUCGAAGCUGGCGAGUUGGUAGCAGCAGAGGAAGCCGAACGGCGAGUGUUGAUGCUCAUCAACCCCGUGUUGAAGGCGCCGAAUACAACCGACACCCUCUAUGCGGGGUUGCAGCUAAUCCUGCCCGGCGAGACGGCACCCGCACACCGGCACGUAGCAUUCGCACUGCGGUUUAUCAUCGAGGGAGAGCGAGGGUUUACAGCGAUCGACGGAAAGAAGAUCAAUAUGGAGCGCGGCGAUGUGAUUUUGACGCCGAAGUGGACGUAUCACGAUCACGGACACGACGGGACCGGUCCGAUGAUCUGGCUGGAUGGGCUUGAUCUCCCCGUGUAUCAGUUCUUGCCCGUCAAUUUUGCCCAGGGAUACUCGGAGUCGCGGUAUCCGAGCGAGCCGGUCGAAACCUCGCCCUCGAAAUACCCCUGGGCCCCUGUCCAGGCCGCUCUCGACUCGCAGUCCGGCCCAUACGCGAAAUUUACCUACCAAGGUGGCUUCGCCGGCGGACACGUGUCGCAGAUCAUCGGAGCCCACGCAGAGCGCGUCGAUGCGGGAACACAGUCGCCGCCCCGCCAGGAAUCCAGCUCGUUCGUGUUCCAUGUUUACCAAGGCAAUGGAUACACUCUGGUCGGCGAAGGAGAGCAGCAGAAGAAGCUGGUGUGGACGCAGUCGGAUGUCUUCGCGGUGCCUCAUUGGAGGAAGAUCGUGCAUGUCGUCGGUGAGGGAGAGACGGCGUAUUUGUUUAGUUUUUCGGAUACCCCGAUGUUGAGUAAUUUGGGGAGCUGGAGGGAAAAUAAGUUUGAGUAGGGUGCUUUUGGAUAGUCUUUUAGGGUUUUUUUUGUAUUUGGAUUUGGGGUCUUGUUUUGAUAACUAUUCAACGAGAAAUAUGAUUGAAG